UUUCAGCGCCGAGUUUUGUCUCCAACCCACCGCGGUUUGUACCGGGCCUUUUUUUAAGUGCGAGUGCAGGCACACAAUCACACACAUACACCGCCCUGCUUCACAAAAUAUGCUUCCUGCGGGCAGCCUUUCGUAUCUAAUAUCUAUUACCCAUUUCCGCUGCCUACAUCUCGACAUUAUUGGAUAAAUAUGCCAGGCUCCACGUUUCCUCUGAACUUCCAACGCACCGGUGAUUUUUCGGGCAACAUGCUACCCAUCCCCUCCGUGAUCCCAGCCUUUAAAUUCCAGUUGCGGCGAGAAACCAUUGACUGGAGGCGAUUCAGUGCCAUUGAUGUGGAACGGGUAGCUCGUGAGCUGGAUCUUGGCACUCUUCAAGAAAAUAUCAAUAGUAUCACCUUUUGCAACCUUGAUGCGGAGAAGUGUCCCUAUUGUCAGCAGCCAGUAGACCCUGUUCUCCUUAAGUUUCUGAAGAUGGCCCAGCUGACCAUUGAAUAUUUGUUGCACUCUCAGGAGUACUUAAGUAUGAACUUGGCACUGCAAGAGGAGCAGCACCAGGCAGCCCUUGAAGACUGCAAGCGUAUCAAGUAUGACCUGGAUAAGCAAGCAGAAGAAUUAAAGGGGGUGAAGGAAGAGAGCAGGAGACGGAAAAAAAUGAUUGCCACCCAACAGCUGCUCUUGCAAGCUGGAGCCAACAACUACCACAAGUGCCAGCUCUGUGACAAGACCUUCAUGAAUUAUUCCUUUCUACAAGGCCACAUGGAGCGAAGACAUACUGAAGCCACUGCACUUGAGAAUUUGAAGAAGAAACAGGUGCAGCAAAUGGAAAGUGAGAUCGAAGACCUGAAAGUCAAGUUGAAGGAGACCCAUGUCCAGCUGGAAGCUGAGAGUCAGCAAAGGGCUCAGGAAGCAGAGCGUCUUCGCCAAAAGGAAGAUGAGGAAAGGAGGAAAUUUGAAAGAUGGAAGGAAGAGGAGAGAGCGAAGUUUCACACAGAGAUGGAAGAACUCAGGCAACUUUUUGUCACGGAAAUCAAGGACUUUUCCAACAAAAAUUCUGUCAUGGAAGGAAAACUUCAGGAACUACAAGUCAAGAAUACAGUAGCCUCACAUCUUGGGACAUUGCAAGAUGAUGAUUCUUUAGAGAAACAACAGUGGACUAAGACUCAGAAAGAAUUACAUGGGAUGAAGGCAAGGAUUGAACAACAGAAAACCGAGUGGGAGUGGAAACUUAGGAAACUUCAGAAGGAGAAUGAGAAAGAAAAAGAAAAACUGAAGAAUGAGAAUGAAAAACUGAGGGCUUCCUUGUCUUCUGACCAAUCUAAAAUGGCUGAAUACAACAAGAAACAAUUUGCCUCCCUUAUCACACAACUCAGAGAACAAGCUGGUGUUAUCCAAUCUCAGGAGAAAACAAUUAAGCUUCUGACUUCCAGCAAACCCAGAGAAAUCCAACAAGUACCCAAGACAGAAGAGGUAGAAGAAUCCAGCGAAGAAGUUUCUGCAGAACUGGAGGAUACUUUGGACAGGAAGAAUAGAGUUCUGGAAACACUGCGGAAAGAUCCCAAUUUGUUGAAGCAAUUCCGGCCAAUUCUGGAAGAGACACUUGAAGAUAAACUGGAGACCAUGGGAGUGAAACGAGGUACAAAAGGUAUCCCAGCUCAAACCUAUAAACAUUUGAGAGCUUUGAUUAAGAAACAGCAACAGCAGAAGGCUAAAACAUUUCCAGGUCUGCUGACCUUGAGAGCUAAACUUGAAAAGGAAGUUCAGAAGAAAGCGGUUCAGAAGGAUGAAGAGAAUAUGUCCUUGCCAUAUUCUGAAAUCUUUGAAAAAACCCAAAGAGGCCAGCAUUCUCCACUCCAGGUUACACCUUUGAAGAUUAGAACACACCCAGUAGAAGUACCAUAUUAUGCCCUAGAGACACCCAAGCCAGCUCCUCGGAGCAAAGUUGGUUCCAUGACUGGUUCAGUAGAGAUUCCAAAGGUACCAUCUCCAACUCUAAUUAGAAGCAGUUCACCUUCUCUUCAACAAUCUGCUGUCCACUUCCUCAGUACUUCACCUUUCAGCUCUGAGACUGAAGAGUCAGAGGAAGAAACAAACAUGAGCUCUCCAAAACACACAUCCCUCAAGACAGAACCAAAGCAGAGCAAACCUGUCCCCAGAGCAGCACAGGUGGACGAGAGUGAGUGGGAUUCAUCUGACACAGACUUUUCUAAAGAGAAACUUGGUAUAGGAAAAAGUUCUUCAGUUGCAGCAGGAAUUCAUUCAGAAACACUAGUGCAGUCAAUGGCUAAAAAUCUGGAGAAGAAACUGAACAUGCCUGCAAAGAAGCCUCCAGGUGGCGUGAAGCUCUUUGCCGUACAAAGCAAAGAAGAUGCUAAAACCAAUCAUCCCACAAAAAAGCUUCAGUUUGCCUGUGAAGAGGACAGUGAUUUGGAGAUUUCUUCCUUCGAGGAAAUCAGCCAGCACUUGGAACCUGAAACUAAGAUAAAGAAGCCACAGGGGGUGAAAGUUAGUGGGAGUUCCACUGGAUUGCGGGGCACCAGUAUCUUGACUUCCAGCACCACAAAGGCUGCGGCCUGGUGAUUCCCACAGUUAGAUGAGUACAGAACCCAGUUGAUAGAAGAAGAUUCCAUGACAGAGAAAUUAGAUUAAAUUUACUAAUCACAAAGAAAGAACAAAAAAUACCAAAUACCAAAAGUAUCACGUUCAAGGUUCUAGGUUCUGUACAUAGUUUCAGAGCAAACAUUUAAUUAACAUGAGUUUUUCUAGUGCUCCUAGAUUUGUUCUUCUGUUUAAAGUAAAUCUUGACAUGAUAUUAUAAAUUAAAUUUUCUCCAGAAUACACAAGCCGAUUCUUAGAUCAUGCACAACUAUAGUGUUGUGCACUUGGGUCUGACUUAGUGUAGUAUGUGAACCCAGCCUUCAUGGACCAUAGGAUAUGAUUUAGCAUUAUAUUAUUAAAACAAAACAAAUCUUAGCACAGUAUAUACAUGCAGCAAUAGAUGUAAGGCUGAAUCAAAAAGCAGCCAUGGCAUCAUAGCCUCAUUUGUGGGCUGUAAUGAAAUUUACAGUACACCUUUCACUGAUGCUCUAAGUGAAUUUAAGUGACUACAAGAGGGAAAGAGGUGUAAUUGUUGUGAUCUACUUAAUGGGAAAGAGGCUUUUGCUAUAUUGUACUGUGAUACAUAAUGUUUCUGAAAAAAAUCUGAAUUGUUUAUGCAAUUAGGCAAUUUUUCCUUUCUAGUACUGUGAUGGGUCCAACUUUUUUCUAUUUUUGAUAAGUUUGUGAAUAGCUAUAAAAGUAAAUGAAAUGAAAAGGCUUCAAACAUUUUGUAUCCCAUCAGCCUUCAGUUUCAUUCUUAGCUUGAUUGCAUUUCAAUGUCUUAAGUGCAAACUACUUAUUUAAUUCUGAAAUACUUUUAGCAUUUUCAAAGUAUUUAGGUAGCAUCACAUUGAAAAUGCUAAAAGUAUUUCAGAAUUAAAUAAGUAGUCUGCACUUCAGAAUUACUGCACAUUGAAGUGCAAUCAAUGUACAGUAUUUUGGUUUUCGUUUUCUGAAAACCUUUUUCUUCUUUAAUGAUUUAUUGUACUCUUUCCCUAUCCCAAGGUCAGAUCUAUAUUAUUUCACAGAUAUACUUAUUUAAUUCUGAAAUACUUUUAGCAUUUUCAAAGUAUUUUUAUAUUAUAUUUAGGUAGGAUCACAUUAAAUCAUUAAGGCAGAAGAAAAAAAAGUUUUCAGAAAAUGAAAACCAAAAUACACCCUUUCUCCAUUUUGUUUGAUCCAAGAUGCGACAGGGAGAAAAAAACUGAGUGGGAGAAAAAAAACUGAGUGGCUUUCAAGAUUCUGUUAUUCUACUCUGCAACAAUACUGAGCAUUCUUGGAAUCCCUAUUGCUCUUCUUUCAUAACUUUCCUAUCUUGAAGGGUUGACAAUAUCAUGAACCAUGAUUCAUGAACCUCAACUUAAAAUAUUGGAAAUUAAUAAUAACCACUUAAGAAUAAAAAUUAAGCAAUAGGACUGAAAGGAUCCAGAUUCAGGUCCAUCCUCAGUCAUGAGAGCUCAUAGGGACUUUAGGCCACCCCUGGCUCCAAAAGUCUAAUCUAAAACACAAGAUGGUUGUUGUGAAGAUAAAUAAAGAUGGGAAUGUUGUAAUUGCUAUCUUCAGCAUUAGGAGGAAGAGUGGGAUAUGCUAUAUUCAUCUCAUACUCAUUUCCCAGUUGGAUUAAUGCUAUUCACUCUACAUAGGGCUGCCCUUGAAAAACACUCAAGCUUCAAUAAGCCCAGAAUGCAGCACUCUGUACUAUUUUGGAUAUCCCAAGGUUUGCCCAAAUUACAUUACUGUUGCCCAGAUUUCAUUGCCUGCCCAUAUUUUUUUAGGUACAAUCCAAAGUGCUAGUUUUCAUCUUUAAAGAAUUUUAUGGUACAGGGAAAGGUUAUUUGUAGGAAUAUAACUUCCCAAGGAUAGCCUAUCCCACCAGUUCUGACAAGGUGAGCACAAUCGAGGUCGCCCUGGGCCUACAAGAUGGGCCUUCUCUGUUCUAGAAUCUUCCAUUACAACAACUACUCCCUGAUUCAGAAAGCCCCAACCUUCUUAGCCUUCUAGAAGGUUUGAAGGCCUAGCUCUUCCACCAGAAACUGGCUGAAAUGUUUGUUGGACCUCCUAAUAUACUGUAGGUGCAGUUCUUUUGGCAGUUUUAUUAUGCUACUUUGGUUGAUGUAUUAUGGUUGCUUAUAGAUUUUUUUAAAAAUGUAUUUUCUAGGAUUUGUUGUGAGGUACACAGGAUUAUCCAUUUAAGAUGAACAGUCAUAUAAAUUUUAAAAAUUAAAUUUUAUAUAUGUUUUAUAAACAUACAGAAAUGCAGUAUGCUUGUUCAAGCAAAAGAAAGGAUGAACCACCUUUCUUAAGUAUUGUUCUCCUAAACCACUACUAAUAGGAAUGACUUACAGUUACAUUGGUUUCCAAUGAUGCAUAAAUCCUCCAUGAUAAGAAAUGAAUGAGAAUGAGAGCUGGAUUAUCUACAAAAGCCCAAUAACAAUAGCAGUUAGACUUAUAUACCGCUUCAUAGGGCUUUCAGCCCUCUAAGCGGUUUACAGAGUCA